AUGGCGGACUCCAACCCUGUUCAAGAGGCCACAGCCUCCAUUGCCAAUCUUAUUCUCGACGAUGUCACCGGCGAGAAAGUCUCCAAGACUGAAUUGAAGAGACGCCAGAAGCAGCGUGAGAAGGACGCCAAGAAGAAGGAGAAGGAGGCCGCUGCUCCCCCCAAGCCCAAGGCUGAAAAGAAAUCAUCCGCCGAGGAAGACGAGGCCAACUUGACUCCAAACCAAUACUUCGAGAUUCGGAGCAAGAAAGUCAACAAGCUGCGCGAAACCAAGCAGCCGGAUCCCUACCCGCACAAAUUCCAAGUUGACACUGACCUACGCAAUUUCCUCAAGGACUAUGAGGGCCUCCAGAAGGGCGAACAGAAGACUGAUGUCACCGUUCGCAUUGCCGGCCGUAUCUACACUAAGCGUACGUCCGGCAACAAGCUGAACUUCUACGAUAUCCGCGCAGAGGGUGUUAAGGUCCAGGUGAUGUGCCAAGCACAAUUCUCCACUGGAAAGCCUUUUGAAGAACAGCACGAGCUACUUCGCCGAGGUGAUAUCGUGGGCAUCGUCGGUUUCCCGGGUCGAACUAACCCUAAGAACCGUGACGAUGGUGAACUUUCUAUCUUCGCCAAUGAGGUCAUUCUCCUGACACCUUGCUUGCAUGCCAUUCCUUCCGAACAUUACGGCUUCCAGGAUAAAGAGCUGCGUUUCCGCCAGCGCUACCUGGAUCUUAUUAUGAAUGAACGAUCACGUGAUAUCUUCCGGACCCGGGCCAAGAUUGUCUCCUACAUCCGCCAGUACUUCGAUAGCCGUGACUUUACUGAAGUUGAAACUCCUAUGAUGAACGCUAUUGCAGGUGGUGCUACCGCUAAACCCUUCGUUACUCACCACAAUGAACACAACAUGGACCUCUUUAUGCGAGUCGCCCCUGAGCUUUACCUGAAGAUGCUGAUUGUAGGCGGAAUGGAACGCGUAUACGAAUUAUCACGCAAUUUCAGGAAUGAGGGAAUUGACCUUACUCACAAUCCCGAAUUCACAUCUUGCGAGUUUUACCAGGCUUACGCGGAUGUGUACGACCUGAUGGACUUGACCGAGGACCUUGUUUCCGGUCUGGUAAAGCACGUGACCGGUGGUUAUGAGACAGUAUUCCACACUCAGUCUGGCGAAACCUACAACGUGAACUGGAAGGGUCCAUGGCGGCGAGUGGAAAUGAUGCCUGCUCUCGAGGAGGCCUGCGGGGAAAAGUUCCCUCCCGGUGACCAGCUGCACACCCAGGAGACCAACGAAUUCCUCAAGCGCAUUCUGAAGAAGAUGAACGUGGAUUGCUCGGCUCCUCAGACUAAUGCUCGCAUGCUUGACAAGCUGGUUGGCGAGUUCAUCGAGAACACGUGCAUCAACCCCACUUUCAUCAGUGGUCACCCCCAAAUGAUGUCACCACUGGCUAAGAAACACCGCGAGCAUGCUGGUCUUUGCGAACGUUUCGAGGCCUUCGUUUGCACCAAGGAGAUCACAAAUGCUUACACUGAGUUGAACGAUCCCUUUGACCAGCGUAUGCGCUUUGAGGAGCAGGCCAACCAGAAGAGCCAGGGUGAUGACGAGGCCCAGAUGGUUGAUGAGACUUUCUGUCAAUCCCUCGAGUACGGUCUGCCCCCCACUGCUGGGUGGGGUAUGGGCAUUGACCGCCUGGUCAUGUUCCUUACCGACAACUACAGCAUCAAGGAAGUGUUGACCUUCCCCAUGAUGAAGGAUGACAAGACCGCUGCCGAGCCCAAGACUGCUGCCGAAGUCGCCGGCAUUGAGCCCAGCCCCGAGGAAGGAAUCCCCCACAAAUGA